GGUCUGUUUGACACGGCGGUAUUGGAUCACAGACUGGGCUUGAUGAUCCCAGAGACCUUUAGUUCAUUUCCAACCGAACUGACUGCGGGAUUUUGUAACUCCGCUCACCUUUCCCGGGUGCCGGGCGGGCAGGGCCCUGCCGGGCAGGGCAGGCGGGAGGCGGCCGGGCCGGGAGGGCGGUGCCGGCGCGCCGGGAGCUGCUGGGGGACGGGACGGAGCCGGCGCUCCCUCAGGAAGUUAUUUUAGAAGGAGAGAAUACAUCUGAGAAACAAGAUGUCUCAUGCUGGGAGUCGAUACCAAGAUAAGCAGCACUGGCACCAUGAGAACCAUAGAUCUGAUAGAUACAAGGAAGACAGAAGAGCAAGAAAACCAUACCCAUACAAUGCAAGAGACAUCCGAGGUGGCCAGCACUCAAGGACUUCUCUUGUUUGCUCAGACCCUUACUCUAAAACCUCAGGAGCAGCACCGGAGUAUUUUGGCCCACCACCAGAAUUUUAUCCUCCCAAGGAAAGUUUCUCAAUGAAGUGUUCAAAGGUAUGCACAACAAGAGGCAUUUUGAAGUUUGUGGAAAUCACAGUUAACCUCCUGGUGCUGAUUUGCGUGGGCGCUUCCCAAGCCUCCGUUGCAGGCUUCACGUCCCUCGGAGGCUUCGGCUCCUUCAACCUGAACUCGGCCUACAGCCCCUUUGAGGGCACGGAGCUGCGGGAGGUGCGGGAGCUGGACAUGCAGUUCACCCAGAUGAGAGCCCCUUGCGUGUACGGCGGAGUGGCCUUCAGCUUAACAGCGGCCGCGCUCACCCUCGUCUUCCUCGUCGUGGGGGCCAAACCCAUCCAGCAGCUCCGGCCAGGGCUGCUGGUGGGCGAAUGUGCCUUCAGCCUGCUGGCUGGCCUGGCGUACCUGGCGGCCGUGGGGCUCUACCUGCACUUCGUCAGGCAGGUGAACGCCACCGAGGUGUGCAGGCGGCGCGAGCGGCUCUACGCGCGCCGUGGCUACACCUCCAUGAACUGUGACGUCCAGGGCGGCGACGCCGCCGUCGGCCUCUUCGGGGUCGUCGCUUCCUGCCUGUACUUUGCCAGCUUUGUGCUCUGCAUCCUUGCUAUCCGCACCGUCCGGGCCUUCCAGAGCCACGCGGCCAAGGCUCAGCACAGCCCCAAGGGCAGCGUGAGAGACAGAAGUGUCAGAAACCACCACGCCGUGCACAGGACCGCUGAAGGCUCCCACAGCGUCCAGGCUCUCGCCACGUUAGUGUGAAAUCAGCUCUGGGACUGGGCCAGAGAACUGAGGCUUCAGCAGAGGAUGGACGCUCGCAAACAGGCAGCCAGCCCACGGUGUAUUUUCCUACAAGGCGCUGAAGUGUGUAUUGAAUCACCGAUUGUAACCAUACUGCUGCAACGUGAUGGAAUAAAAUCGACAUUGAGUGACUGUUUUAACAAGGAUUUUUGCACCGGUCUCUCAAGCUGGACUCCUGCAUUUAAAAUGAGUUUCAUUGUAAUGUUUUCAUCCUGCACAGAGCAAAUCCAAACAGCAGUACAGGUUACAACUGCGUUGCUGCCAGACUUGAGCUAACAACCACUUCUUUCCCUCUCCCAUGACAUAGGGAAUUGAAUACACAGCUAGGAUGGGCAGCUUUCAAUAGAUCCUGUCUCUGUUGUGUGUCCUGUUCCGUUAUCCUACAGUGCUUGUAAAGCAAAGAACACCUGAGUGCUUCUCUGAA